AUCCGGUCAUAAACCAAACCAGACCUCAUACAUACCCAGUCCACCAUUCUCCACGCGUCGACAACUCGCGAAGACAGCCACAGCCACAGCCACAGCCCCAACCCACCCCCGCAUCCUGUCCACACACAUCAGCCACCAUGAGCGAGUUACCGACUACCCAACAGGCGCUGAAGAUCGCCGGUCCCGGUAGCAUUGAGCUGCAGACCAGCCAGCCUUUACCCCAGCUGCGCGCCGACGAGGUGCUGGUGCGGGUCGCCUGUGUGGGACUGAACCCGUACGACGCCAAAUCCGCCGACAUGUCGCCCAGCCCCGGUGCCACCGCGGGGCUAGACUUCGCUGGUGAGAUCGUGGCCCUCGGUGAGGAAGUCACCUCCUCCGCUUUCUCGUCGGCGCGACUGGCUCUGGGCACGCGCGUGUGCGGCUGCGUGUUCGGCAACAACGCGGGCCAACGCGACAACGGCGCCUUCGCCGAGUACGUCGCCGUGCCCGCGGCGCUGGUGCUCUGCAUCCCGGACUCGAUGAGUUUCCAGCAGGCGGCGACGCUGGGCUGCGGGCUGGCGACCACCGGAUUGGCGCUGUACCAGACCCUCGGCCUGCCGCUUGUGGGCGCCGGAGCAUCCGAGUCGGAGAGUACCGACUCAAAGAAGCCUCCGACGUAUGUCCUGGUGUACGGCGGAGGUACCGCGACAGGGACGCUGGCCAUCCAGGUGCUGCGCCGAUCCGGCUUCACCCCCCUCACCACCAGCUCCCCGCACAACUUCACCCGGCUACAGCAACUCGGCGCCGCCGCGACCUUCGACUACCGCUCGCCGACCUGCGGCUCGGACCUGCAUGACCACACGGGCAACACGCUAGCGUUUGCGCUGGACUGCAUCAGCACGACGGACUCGAUGCAGAUCUGCUACGAGGCGAUCGGGCGCGCGGGGGGCAAGUACGUCUCGCUGGACCCGUUCCCGCUGAACCGGCACACGCGCCGCAGCGUGCGGCCGGAGUGGGUCUUCCUGUUCACGCAGUUCGGUCGCGAGAUCGUCGGCUGGGAGGCGCCGUACAAUCUCCUGGCCCGGCCGGCGGACCGCGCCGCGGCGGAGCGGUGGUACGCGGCGAUGGAGGCGGUUCUGGCGGAGGGGAAGCUGGUCACGCAUCCCGUGCAGGAGGAGUCCGGCGGGUUGCAGGGGGUAAUUGGGGGCAUUGACGCGGUGCGUCGGGGUCAGGCGGCGGGAUUUAAGUUGGUGUAUCCUAUUCGGGCGUGCGCUUAGUUGGUUUCUGGUUAGUUGCUGAGAUGGUUUCUGUUCUCUGGUAGGCAGGUAGGUAGGCAAUAUCGGUGCUUUUUGCAAUCGUGUCCGAUUUGUAGUUUGGGAGGAACAAAUUGAGGGUAGUGAUUUGUUGCGUAUAUGAAAUAUGUCAGUGGACGAUACUAUACUCUGAGGAAACAGCGUAACAAGAAGAA